UCCCACGUCGUCCUAAGCUUGAACCAAGACCUGCCGUAAUUCAACCACCUCUAAAGCAAUCCAAACAAAAAUCAAAAAUUAUUCAUUACAUACACGCAGAUCAUCCAGAUGAAAGUAUUUUAAAAGCGUGGUAUGAGUACUAUUUAUGGCAAAAGAGAACGGAAGACAUGGCCAAUCCAAACGUGGGAUGGACUACGCACCCGGAACUCAGUACUAAGACGGAAUCUGUACUUACCAAUAGCACCAAUAAAGCUGAUGAAAUAAAAGAAGAAUGGAUAAAUUACAUCAAAGAAGAAACACCUGAUAGUCGCAAAGUAGAAGAAAUCGUUUUCAUUAACACUUGUGUAUUAAUGGCUAUAAAACAGUUUGUUUUUGAUUACUUCUACGAAACUUUUCAAUAUACAUUGGUGAGAAUUGCGUUUAGGUACCCUCACCAUUUAAUCACUCAAUCAGUCAAUGAAUACUGGCGCGUUCCAAAAUUCUUGAAGUCAGAGUUAAAGAGACCUAAACCUAAAAAACCUAAAAAGGAGAAAGUAAAGAAAGAAAAGAAACCAAAACAACCUAAAGAGAAAUCCUCGAAAAAAAGCAAAUCGACGAAAGAAACUAAAGAAAAGAAAGGAAAAAAAGAAAAACCGAAACAGUUAACAAAAGAAGAAAAAGCUGAGUUGGCUAAACUUAAAAAGGAAAAAGAAAUGGAAGAUGAAAAGAAACGAAUAGCUGAAUUAAAUAAACGCUUCAUGUUUCCUUUAUCGGAAGCAGCUACUGAUGAUUUCUACAAAGAAAUAUUUGACAACUGGGUAAAAGUGGAAAAAGGUGACAAGGGGAAGAAAGGGAAAAAUGGAAAAUAAAAAGCAUUAUUUGCGGAAUGUAUUAAAUAUUUUAAAAUUAUGUAGCAUAAAUUAUAUAUAA